CUUGUUCUGAAUCGGUUGAGAUUUGAUUGGUAAAGUAAAUUUAAAAGAAGUUGGUCUCAUUUUGUUGGAUCACAAAAUAUAAUGAACGGAGCGAUGGCCAUGGCACCAACAUCCCAGAAUAAUGUGGAACCUCCAAACAAGAAACCUAGAGUUGAAGAUGUUACAGCGGAGAGACAGUACAGAAUCUGUGGCCUACGACUGAGCUGUGAUCAUGAGCGUGCGCCAAACAAAGAAAGAGAACGCUACAUUCGUUGAACAGAACAAAUCAGAGUUUUGCAAACUCCCACUGACACAGCAUCUAUUGUCGAGUACCAAAUAUGAUGCGUAUGUUAGAUAGAUUUGUGCGUCGCCUCAAUCUUGGAUAGUAUGCGCACAACCAUCAUUGCUCAGCCCAGAACACGAGACUAGCAGACCAAAUUGGUUAUGAUCAUACGAAACCUAAUCUAGUUAUUGGUAGUCUUUUUUUGGGGCUGAUAGUGUAAACAGUAAUGAAAUUUAAAUGUGAAAACUCUGUUAAUUGAAUAAUUGCAAUGAUUUCGCUUCAAUUUUGAUAUUGUUUUUAGCACACUCUUGACGUUAUUUCUCUUCUAAAAUAUAAAAUACUUUUAUUUUAAUGGCGUAAAAAAAAGAAGGAAAUGUAUCUCUAUUUCAAAAUACAUUUGUAUGAGUAUAUACAUGUAAUUGUGUACAUACAUUACUUUAUAUACAAGGAUAACGUUACUGUUCUUGAUUGUUUUAAUUUCUUUGAACUUACAGUUUGGAGGACGAUCCUACCGCAGUGGGAAUUGCUGUACGACAUCGUUACUUUUUCCGUCUCUUUUUAAGUCAUUUCUUUCACUUUUAAUCCAUUUUGAAGACUUUAUAGAGAUAUAUAAAACUUAAGAAAAUUAUACAGUAUACUUGUAUACCAAAUAUUAAAUAUAUUGAAUUGAAUAUUAGUUACAUGUAUAAUUCAAAUUUUGUUUAAUUUUAACAAAUAAGAAGACUAAAAAUUAAGAAAUCGAAUCAUAUGAAUUGUUCUGGUACCUCUAUCAUCGCAAAAAAAAGUAAAAAAGACUCAAAGCAAAUAUUAGACAACAGUUUUUAAAAAGUUCGUACGUGUGUGUGAUGGUGGAAGUACUGAAUGUAAUAUGUAUUAUAUUUCAUUUUUGUCUAAUGCCAACUUUCUUCGUAGGGAAUGCAUCAGAGUUCUUGCCCGGCCCUAUAUAUGAUCUCAAUCAAAUAAAACAAGUUGUUGCUGGACCCGGAGCUAAAUAUCUUACAUUACCUGGCAUUCUAGGUGCGGGUCUUCCAAAAAUUACAUCUGAACAACAGGAUACAGUAAAUAGAGCAAAAAAGUAUGCAAUGGAACAAAGCAUCAAAAUGGUUUUAAUGAAGCAGACUCUCGCUCAUCAACAACAGCAAAUGGCUAGUCAACGGAAUCAGGUGCAGAGACAGCAGGCUCUCGCCCUCAUGUGCAGGGUAUAUGUGGGCAGCAUCAGUUUUGAAUUAAAAGAGGACACGAUUAGGCAAGCUUUCUUGCCUUUUGGUCCUAUAAAAUCAAUCAACAUGUCAUGGGAUCCAGUUACGCAGAAGCAUAAAGGAUUCGCAUUCGUCGAAUACGAGAUACCUGAAGCAGCACAACUUGCUUUGGAACAAAUGAAUGGUGUCAUGAUUGGUGGACGUAACAUCAAGGUUGUGGGGCGUCCGUCGAAUAUGCCCCAAGCCCAGUCUGUUAUUGAUGAAAUUACGGAAGAAAGUAAACACUAUAAUCGAAUUUAUAUUGCGUCAAUCCAUCAAGAUUUAACCGAGGAUGAUAUUAAAUCCGUGUUUGAAGCGUUUGGACCGAUUACAUAUUGUAAAUUGGCACAAGGCAGUUCGCCCCAUCGACAUAAAGGUUACGGUUUUAUUGAAUACGAAACAAUGCAGGCUGCGUUAGAAGCUAUCGCAUCAAUGAAUUUAUUUGACUUGGGUGGGCAAUACUUGCGAGUAGGCAGAGCUAUUACUCCACCAAAUGCUCUUAUGGGUCCGCCAAGUGGAACUAGUAUGAUGCCUACCGCUGCUGCGGUUGCAGCUGCAGCUGCAACUGCAAAAAUUCAAGCAAUGGAUGCUGUAGCUAGUAAUGCAGUUGCUCUUGGUUUGACCAAGCUUGGAGCAGCUGCCCCGCCGAUUUUGAAUCAAGCUUUGCCUGGUAUAGUAAGACCCACUAUUGCCCCAGCAACAAUGAUGGCACCGCCAACUAUAGCAACGGUAGCACCUGUUAUACCUCCGCCUGGUAUAGCUAUACCGCAAACUUUAACUCGGCCUCCUGCGAUAAUUCAGCCGAUACCUGGGCAGCCAGUUGUUAUACCUCCUCCAGCUGUUGUAGCACCUACAAUAGUAGGAACUCCAGUCAUACCUGUUACAACUACGACGAAUUCCGAUAUUAUGAGACGGGCACAAGAACAAGCAGCUCAUCAAAAACAACAGGAAGAAUUACAGAAGAAAUUGUUAGAGGAGACAGAACCCCAAACAUUACAGCAACAAGAAAAUAUGUCGAUCAAAGGACAAAGUGCGCGUCAUCUUGUUAUGCAGAAACUUAUGCGUAAAGUUGAAUCCCGUGUUGUUAUUUUACGAAACAUGGUAGCCCCAGAAGAUGUAGAUGAAAGUUUACAAGAAGAAAUUCAGGAUGAAUGUUCUAAAUUUGGAGUUGUAGAAAGAGUUAUUAUUUAUAAUGAACGACAAUCGGAAGAUGACGAAGAUGCAGAAGUUAUCGUAAAAAUAUUUGUUGAAUUUUCUCAAAUGAGUGAAGCGGAACGUGCAAGGGAUUCUUUGAAUGGUCGUUAUUUCGGUGGACGUUUAGUGAAGGGAGAACUAUAUGAUCAAGCUUUAUUUGACAAUAGUGAUUUUUCUGGUUGAUUAUAAGAUACUUAUUAUCUGUUGAAUUCGUCAGUUUCUUUUGAACAAAAGAAGUUAUACUUAUCGUUGAGUGAUAUUCCGUGCGUCUAAUCGAAAGUACAUAAUACAUCUUUUGAAAUUUCAACAAUUAUAGUCUAUCUUCUGACUAUGAAGUCUAGCUUUUAAUUUUUGUUUAUCUACACUUUUCUAGACUUUAAAUUAAUAGAUCAGUCAAAAACUAUUAUCAUUACUUAGUAAGAUAAUAGUUUUAAAAAAUCGUUCUAACACUUAGUCAACCGCGCGCGUCACAGCGAGCUAUACGUUUCUCACCGCGCUCGACAAGUUAACAUAUACACUGUCCAUCGCGCAUGUUUCCAAGUAUCGAGGACUAAUAUUCACUACUUAAAAAACAAA